CCAUCUAUCCAUAUAUAAAUUGAAUUUUCCUGCUCUGAGGUUCACCUGAGGUGACCUGCUGAUAUAUGACUGUAAUUUAGAGCUGCUCCUGAAAUGUCAGCUGCUGCUGGAGAUGCUGAUGCACACGAAUGCCCUGCUGUCUCAGAGCAGUGGAAAAGCAGCAGAACAGCCUCAAUUACAGCCUUGAUUACAGCGCAAAGUUAUUUAUUUAUGGUCUAUUACUGGUAUCCCUGCAGGCUUGUUUUUUGCCUGCCAUUGCACCUUCACACCUACCUACUGCCUCCAUCUCAGUAUGUGGUUGUUAUGCUGAGAAAACAUCACACAAAGUAGCUCAGAAUGACCUGUCCCUGCCCAAUGUGCCAAGAUGGCAACGGUGCUGAUGGCAGGGACCAGUCACCCCACGUCUGCUCCAUGGAAUAUUCCUUUCUGGCUUCCCUGGAAUAUUUUCAACUACCAGAGACUGUCCAGCUGGUUCUUACCAGUUAUGAAUUUUUUGGGAAGUUUUGAGGGAAAUCCCAACAGCUUUUUAGACUUAUUGUAGAGCUGGGGAAGGGAGGGGGGAAUAUUCACUUUCCUCAGCAUGGCAAAGGAAUGUUUGCUCACCAGUAACUCACUCUGGAAAUCCCCCUCACAUCUUAUCACAUGUAAGGAGCUCAGAGAGGAUCUGGGUUUCAGAGAGUAGUACUGAGGGUAAGGAAGGUUUCUUGGCCUCCCCUGAAUAUUGGCGGGCUGGCAAUGAGCACCAGGUGCUUUGUGCCUAAUUUCAGUGCCAGCUCUGGCAUGGGCCGUGCUGUAUUUCUUUUUCAUUUCUUUUUUGAUGAGCUCUGGCUCCAGAUAUGCAGCAAAGUCUUUGGUUUAAAAGCAACAGCAGAAGAACUGAGGAACUUCUGUCCGCCUGUCUAUCCAGAGCAAAACCUGCUGUAAAGCCUGUCUGAAAAAACAGAAACCCAGCCAAGGGCUUCUGUUGUUCUUUAUAGACCCCGUUCUGCUAUUGCUGGGUUUUUUGAAUGAAAUAACUCUUUGGGGGGGGUGGAAUCGAACAGACAACUAAAAUUCUUUCACAGUCAAAUCGCACUUCCACACAUGCGUGGAGUUUGCGCGGGUCCAACAUCCCUUCUAAUAACGUUGUGUCCUCUUUCCAAUUGGAUCAGAAUGAAUCUUGUUAACUCUGCUCAUCACUCCGAAGCCAAGAACUUUUUCCUUUUUUUUCUGGAGCACCGAUGCAUUUAUGGGCUGUUUGUUAUGUGAAUGUCAGACAUUCCCGCAUUUAAACAUGCAAAGUUUGGGGCUGAAAUUUUUACACACUGAGGCUGCCCUACACGCCCUCACACCGCUCCAGCUCACCCUGCCUUGAGCUGAGCUGCAGCGUGGUUGGGAUAGCAUAGGUGACCUGACACAAAUCCUGCUCCUGUCCCUUCGCUGGCACUGGCUCUGGCCCUUUCUGACCAUGGGGUGAACUCAUCCAGCUCCCAGCCUGCCAGAAAGUCUCAUUUUUUCCCCUUGUUUCAUGUCAACAAGGCACAUUGACCCAGACUCCAAGGAGCCCUGAAGAGAAAGCAAUGCAAGCACAUGGGGCUAGAAAGGAAGGGAGAGCAAGGUCUCCUUUUUCUGUGUAAGAAGGCUAUGAGAUUGGGGCAAGUUUGUCAUCCAGUUGCAGCUGGAGGCCAGGCUGGAGGAGAACUCCCAUACUCAGGGAACUCCUCCUUCCUUUCUAAUGUAUUUCCUACCUGCAUGCCUUCAACAUGGUGUUCUUCAUGGUGAUGUGGCAAGGCAAACACAUUAGAAUCACUUAAGCUGAAAAGAUGUCAGCUUUCUUUUUGUGGGUAUGUCUGAUUGCAACCAUUCUGUCCCCUUGGUGGGGCACCGCUCUCAGGAGUCUCAGUAGGUUGUCUGAGAGUAUGUAAAUCUUUUCCAACACAGAAAUGCCACGAGCUUUGCUUCUGCUUUUUCACUGUUAUGCUUUUAAAACAUCAUUAGUCCCAGGGGACUGCCUGGCUGAAAAUAAAAGUGCUGAGUGCUGGGUAAUGGUGGCACCUCCAGCUACGCUGUACUCUAAAGAUGCCCAUGACUUGGUGAGCCCCAGAUGAUAUUGCAUGGUAUAAGGGGCACCUGCACACCUCUGCUCUGUCUGUGGCAGGGACCCUGAGGUGUAGCCGUAUGUGCCCAAUAGACAGGGCACACCUGCACAGGUAAAUGGUGCUGUGGCUGUGGACUUGUACUUGAGAACAAAUGAAAAUUAAAAUUAUUUCUAAUUCUGGGCAGGCUUACGUGACAGGGAUACUGCUUGCUUUUCCUACUUGCUGGGCACUUUCACCUCCUGUUAGACUCAAGACGGUCUGGCUGCGUGGGAAUUGUGUGAGGCAGUGAGGCUGAGUAAGCACUGAAGGAACUGGGGCCUUUGGCAGUGGGGAGACCUCGACUUCCAAAGCUUUGCUGUGAAGACAGCAGUAUUUAUAGUGGCAGCAUAGGAAGAGGCCGUAGAAUGAUCUGGGGGCAUCUCUAGCUGGGGGAUAAAUACAGAGGAAUACAAAGUGCUACAGUCAGUGAGGGACAUGGUCUCUGGGGAAAAAAAUUAACAAGUUUAUUUUUGCCUUCGUGUGCUACAAAUCCCCCCACCAAAGGCCUGUCUUACGCAACUGCCACAUCCAGUUUCUGCUGGAACCUGGGAUUUGUUAGAGUGCUCAGCCAGAUGCAGGAAUUUGAUCUCAAAAGGAACUAAAACAUGCAAAUCUUCUGCGGGCAUCCAGAUUCAGUGUUUCCCCUGCCUUUUCCUCUGCCUGGGUCACCCGCUCCUGGUGCUGGGAAUGCAGAAGGGGAAGGAUCAGGCAGACUUCCCUCUGCGUCUUUCCCCAAGCCAGAAAUGUCCUUCCAUCCCCACCGCCACCGUCCCUCUCAGUGCACACCAGUAACACAUGAGAAUGUCCUCCACCCUUUCCUCCCCAUGUGGAGGACUCUGCAGGAAAGGGGGAGAUAUUAAGAACCUACUGGGUCAAUGCCAUCGUUACCCAAGUACUUUUGCAGCCCGUCUCCAGCCCCUCGUUUAGACGUGACCCGGCUAGUGCCAAGGUUAGACAUGUGCCAACUAACUUGCAGUGAGAGGAGUUGCGGUCUUACUCAUCUUAUAAGCAAAGCAGACUGGACAUACCCAGGCGGUGGGCUUGUCCCAGCUGAGGGCCCGCGUGACUCAAAGAGUAGCAGAUUUUUAUCUCAAGAAGUUCCCAGACAGGGCUGGGGAGAUCAGGAACAAAGGCAGAAGGACCGGAUGGCUGUCGCGGCCCUGGGGCUGCUCUGAGCCCCUUCACCACAGCAUUUCAGAUUCCUCUUCUCCUUCUCAGUCACUAAUCACAGAUCAUGGAAGUUUUUGUGAUCGGCAGAGUUUCUUUCUUAUUAAAGCCAGGUUUAUGACAGAGCAGUGACUCAGUUACAGCGCGACCUCCCGUACCCUUCUGGAUGCUUUCAUGGCACGGAAGGAGGGUGUGAAAUGCCUGUAGAUGCAGGAAGCUCUCUGGUUUUCACAGCCUGAACCACAUGAUUUCAAGGAUUCAUUCUCUAAGGGCAGUUACUGCUCUGUUAGCAGGAGUGUGGCUGUGAAGAUGGAGGCACAGGGAGGUAGGGAGCACAGCUCACACUGCUGUUACACCGCAGAAGCAAGCAAAGCAAAACAUUUAGAAAACCUUUUCCAGCCCUCUCCCCAUCUUGAGCCUGCCAUGAUAUCGCUGUGAACUAGGAAUAAUCACCUCUCAUUGCUGUGGCACACUGACAGUUGUGAGCAUGUAGGAGGAAAUGAGACUGAAUGGAGCUGCAGCCAAAUGAAGUGGGAGGCAGGUUUUCUUCAGAACACAAUGGAGUUCUCUGCUCUCCCAUCACAUCUGGGAUGAGUAAAUGAACAUGACCCCUUAGGAGGUCACUGUGACAGGAGCUAACCAAACUCACACAGCAGCUGCUUUGCUUUGCCGGAAGAGCACGAAGCAGCUGGUUUAGCUUAGAGCAUUUCUUCCAGUAUUCACAUGUUGCACAGGACACUUGCUGUAGUAAUCUUUGAAAGAUUCAGAUCCCUCAUCAGCAAAAUGACCCGGGGUAAAAAAGGACCAAUGGGGACUGUUCAGCCCCUUAAAGGUUUAGUUUGUUGAAAUUUCUGAACAUUUGUGCUAAUAUAAAUGCCUGACAGUUUUUCUAAGCUCACCUUUCUGUUCCAAUUAGCCCCACUCUGGGGGCAACUGCAGCACAGUGGUUGGAAUGGAGCAAGUUUCACAGCCUGGGGAAAAGGGUCAGUAUCAGCCACACGCUGCAGCAUAUCAGCGAGGGAGCAACACGAGCACACAGUGAAGGAGAGGGUGAGCUUCACCAAGGGCAGGAGAGGGGCUUCUUUUUUGCUCUAGAAAAGUCAUUAAAAAUUCUUUCCAUGGUGGAUGCCUGCCCUACAGCCUGGCUAUGGAGAGCGUUAAACACAGAAAUGGGACAGAACUGAGUUUUCAUUUUUGCUUUGCAGUUCACCUUUAAAGUGAAAGGGGACUUUUGUGGGGCUGAAUGACUCUUAUUGGACUUUGAUUCCUUCAGGCCCUCAGUGCUCAGGUUGCAGUUUCAAGGCUGCAUAGUACCUUGUAAGGGUAGAUGUGACAUCAUCAGGAGUUUCCAGCCCUUGUAUAUGUACUGCCGCGGAGGUUUUUGUUCUCCUUUUGGCAGCAAAGGAGACUCUUAGGGGCAAGGCACAGAGAACCUCAUGCAACUCAUGAUGUGCCGUCACACUGACAUUUUCUGUACGCCUACUCUUCCCCUGUUGCUGCAAAAGGAAAUAGAAAAUAAAUACAUAAUCAACUGCGCUGUCAUUUUCAGGAUCCACGAUCCCAAAGUUUCGCUGGUUGCCCUUGGAGGUCUUGCCAGCACAAGAGCUGAACCACAUGAAAAAGCAAAGAUGUGGUCAAGGAAAAACACAAGCAGACCCACAUGCAACACAUGCAGGCACACAGUGGGAGGAACUUCAAGAAUCACAGCCAGAAUGGGUCACUUGGAAGGCAAAUGGAAAGAAGUGCUUUCUCACACAGUAUGAAAUCAAACCAGGCAGCUCACUGCUAUGGGAUGCUAUGGAAGCCAAAGAUAUGUGUGCGUUCCCAAAGGGGUAGGGGCUGCUCACAAAAGAUAGCUACAGCAGUAAUGACUAAGCUGCUGGUGUCAAGAAGUCUAUCAAUUUGUGACUGAUAAAGGCUGGCUGGGUGUGUCCCACCUUGGUCUGCGCAAGAAUGGCUUUUUCUACCAUUUUCUGCCAGUGACUGGCUGCCACAGGCCAGUGGGCUGAGUCACAGGUCAAUGAGCAGACGCAGAUCAGUGGGCUGAAACAGGUCAGUGGGAUGAGUGGGCUCCUGAUCUGUCCCUGCCUGGUGGCUCUGGUCCACGUUCAUCAUAAGAGGAAGUAUGAGUAGUGGGGAAAAUUGUGUCGGCAUCUAUCAGACCUUUCCCUCUGGAAGAUCAGUGAGGUGGCUGAGUGAGGAGGGGGGAAGCGGCUCAAUGAGAAUCUGUUUAUUUACCUUCACCUUCAACUUUUUGUAAUGGGUAUUAAGACAGCUUAUUCCAUUUCCUACAGGUCUGAUGUAAAGCAUGCAGGCAGGAUAAGGUGAAAGCUUACUUCUGGUUCUGGUCUUGGGACUGCUAAACAUCAGCAUGCAACCCACAAUGCUAGCUGUAGUGAAAACACUAAGUCACGGCUUGAAACAGUGAUUGAGCAUCUGUUGGGAAGGCAGGGCCUACCCAGGGGAGCUCAGCUGCAUGUAAUGCAGCUGAAUGACUGAAAGGAGUGGAGCCAGGAUCCACCUCUGCCCAGACCUCAUUUAAGGGUUGGUAAGGGGAGGUGAGCAUUUUUUAACUGGAGAUCCCUGCCUACCUGAGGACUUCCAAGAAUAAGCAGCUUUUUUUCAUUGUUUUUUUGUGUUUGCUGCUGCAUUUGAUCUUAUCCUCCCUUGCUGCAACCUAGAACCACUCCACUAUUGUUGCGCUUUCCAUUGUGUUGUAGUGUUACGCUACCCAAAAUUAAGAUGUAUUGGGGUGCUGUCUGUCUCCCUCUGGCACCUGGAAGCAUUCAGAGCAUCUCCUCAGGCCCACCAGGCACAGGCUGUGCACAGGAGAAGAAAGUGGUCAAAAGUAAAGUAGGAGAAGAAGUCAGCUUGCCUUGUUGUUACAAAAUUCCCAGCUCAGAGAGCCUGCAAAACUACCGUGUGUAUUGGCAGAUGAACAUCACAGAUGUGGUGCUGGCCUACUCAGGAGGAAAAAAGAUUGAUGAGCAUCUACGCUAUGUCAACCGGACAAAGUUGGACUUUGAGAACCUCACCCUGUGGAUCUCUGGUGUGGAAAUCUUGGACAGUGGCACUUACCAGUGUGUUGUUCAGAGUCUCCAGUCUUCACCGGACAAACCUGGAUCUCACUUCUUGUGUGUAGAGCUCGUGACCCUCUUUGUUACUGCUGACUUCAGCAAGCCGAGCAUAGAGAGAGAAGUAACCGCUAGUUCAUGUGAAUCAACAGAAAUGGUGGUAAGAUGUUCUUCUCAUGGAGGCUUCCCCAAGCCCAAAAUCUAUGGAGUCCUCAACAACGUGUCUGUGGUGCUGAAUACCACCUGGGAGUCUGAGUCGAGCCUCAGCCCAUACAACGUCACUGGCACACUGUGGCUCAACGUGACAAAAGAUCUCAACUUCACUUGCUUCGCUGAAUAUGAUGGCUUUCUCAGGUCCACCAGUUUGCUUCUAGCAAAAGCAAAUGACUGCAUUGUCUCCUCUGCACUUCCAUCCUAUAAUGUCAUUACUGCUUCAAGUAUCAUCAUUAUCACCUUCCUACUGGCUGUCAUCCUAGCAGCGAAAUACCUUCCAAGGCACGCCUGUUCCCACUGUUCUAAGAAUCAAGCUUCAGCAGGAGAAGAUGCGAAAGAAAUUAUGAGCACACCCCACAGCUGUAAAGUGACAUGCGAAAUGUCAACUCUAUGACCAGAUCACCUUGGCAGGUUUCCUAUCCUGUGUAUUCUGCACUGCAGUCCCCACCGUUCUCUACAGCAAUGCUUAUUGCGUUGACCCUUAGGCUCUCUGAAAGGGGAUGAGAGCAGUAGAAAAGUCUUCUUGAGAAGACACAGAAGCUACGAGUUGGUCUUGUUACAAAGGGUUCACUGGAAUUCCAACUGGGAGGACCCUCUGUGUUCCUACAACGGGUUAGAAGAACAUCUUCAGUGCUGUGAUCCUCCAGCAUGCCAGCUCUAGAGCUCGGGAUACUCUGAUGCUGCCUCUAAGGAAAUCAGGGGCCCUGCAAAGCCCUGGCAGGUAGCCCAUGUCCACCCACCUCUCUAGCAACGCACAACUGGCCUCAGACCCCAACAUGCCAUGUCUGGCCAGGCCAUGCCUCCAUGCUGCAACUCAAAGCAGACAAAACUACUUUUACAUUCAGCCUUGCACUGGUACCUGCUGGUGCUGUUCAGUGUGGGCCAAGAUCAGGCUCACACUUGAUGGUUACAGAUGUGUGAUAUCUCUUCUCCCCUAAAGAGGCAGUAAUGCACACACUUAAGGAAAAAGCACCUCACGGUGGAUAUGAUACACACCUCCUGCUUGUUUUCACUGAGACGUUGUAGGGAACAAUACAUAUUGACAGUGUACCCAGCAGCAAAUACUGCUUACGUACAGCAGUGGCAGAAGUUCUCAUAACCUUUUUCUCUCCUGAAAGGAUGGCUUUGCCAACCCAGGUACCCAGAUACAACUCCUCCAUCACACUGCUCAGACACGGGGCAUACCUCAUACAGACCGUCCCACUAAUUGUGGUGGUGCUUGUGAGCACUUGGGUGCGCACACAUGCACAUGUACACAAGCUUUAUGUGCAUUUCUUCCUACUCAUACUUCUCAUACUCCCCGUAUAAAUUUCUGUAACAAAGAGCAGAUAACAUAUGUGUACCAACAGUAAUGAAAUUUAAGUCAGGGCCCUUGCUUCCUAAAUCUGCUUUUGUUUGUACAUUUGCCUAGGAAUACUUGUUAGAGUAGGUUCUCCAUUUCUGGGGGGAGUCUCUCAUGGUGGGAUUUACUUUGCUUUGAAUGCUGCUGCCUUCUGUCAGCAUUCUCUCUUCUCAGCCAGGAUGCUAGCACUGGAUAGGACUCAUCUGACUUAAGAGAUAUUAUUGCCUACUGUGUAGGAAAACAUGGUUUCUCAUUUUGAGGGGAAAAGAGUGGAAAGAAAUCCCAAGCACCACCAAGUUUCCUAAGCAACUGCACAUGCAGACUUAACCCUGCCCUGAAUACAGUGGGCUUGUUUUGUUUUUCCCUUUUGUUCAGUCCUGCUGCAAGCUGUACCCAUUACCUUAUUGCUUCAUCCACGUACACAGUUAGCAGGGUAGGCUGAAGUCUGAAAGCAUCACGCCACCAUCUUUGUGGGGUAUUUUGUUUCUUGAGCUGUUUAUCUUACUAGGACACAACACACAAAUGUUCAUUUCACAUUUUUCUUGUAGGUAGGUACUGGGAGGAAAAAUGCCAGAGGGAAUAGGUGCGCUAAAAGCAGUUUACAGAGCACUGAGCAAUGAGAGUCUAAGGGAUCAGAGCAAGUCACUAGUGACAAAUAAGACACUGCUCUCUUUCUUCUUCUGUAGAAUCCUGCUGCACCAUCAGCAUUUCUCUCACUGUCCCUUUCUAUGAGACAAUGGGAACUUUAGAGCAUUCCUACUCAGGGGUCAAAAACGGGGAAAAGGAGACAAGCUUGCCACAAAGCCCCACAUGGGUGAUAAGGAGCCAAAGUUAUCUGCACAUGUGCAUCCUGGUUGCAAGCGGGACAGAGGUGGCACAGGGAGCAGUGCUACUAAAAGGCAACUUGACCCUGUCACAGGAAGGGCUGCCAGUGAAAUGCAGUCUUACAGCACUCUCAUUCACAUUUCCUUUUCCUUCAGUCUAUGUGUGCUCUUUCUAGAACUACCAGCUUCUUGCAGGCUGAACACCCUCUUUUUCACUUUAAUCAUUUUCCACAUUUUCACCUUGCCAACCACACUGCAGCUCUGACAGCUGGACCUGAACAGAGGCUUCCCUCUGAAUACCCCCCAUGCUCUACUUCUGCUCCUGACCGAUGACUGAUUGCACAGCACUCUGCAGAAGGGUUUGUCUUUUGCACAGUGCCAAGCCUUUCUGUAUCACACCAGACUCCCACAACAGUUUAAGUAACUCCUUAAAAAGGAAACCAAAACCUCCACUGACAAAUACACCUGGCAUCAGUUUGCUUUAAUACUCAAAAGGCAGGUUGUUUGGUUUAUUUUCUUUCUUAAGCACUUAUAUUAUGAAUUGUGUUUUCUAUUGCUUUGUGCUGUAUUCAGUGAAUUGCACACAAAUGGUUUCCAUGAGACCUUUUCAGCUUAAUAUCUGGGUCUUUCUACCAGGUGAGCUGCUGUUUAUCGUGAGUAUUUUGUAUAUGACACGUGCUGGGGUUUCUCCUUUAAUUGUAUUAAAAUUUAUAUUGUACGGUCCGUUUAGUUUCCUUGGAAAUAAAAGAUGUCUUGGGCGUGCUGGGAA